AAAGAAAACAGCAUGGAGAUUUUCAACUUAAUAACAUUGGCUAUGACAAUAUUCCUAGCAUUAGUGCCAAAGAUGGAGAGUCAUAUAAGGACACCAGGUAUGCCUAUGCCGAAAACCCCUCGUCCACUUUGUGCAUCACAAUUUGCACUAGUGAACUAUGCCUGUUCGAGGUUGCCAUUCUCCCUCGGUGUUCCACCCGAUUCCCCGUCCACUCCUCCGUCCCCCAAUGACGAAGAGGGCCACAGAAACAACCACCACAAUGGCAGCCACAGACAUGGCCAUAGACAUGGACACAAACAUAGGAACCACCAGACAGCUGAUGAAGAUAAUUGUUGCCGGUGGGCUAAGGAAGUUGACAACCAAUGUGUGUGUGAACUUCUACUCCGCCUGCCACCCUUCCUUAUUAGACCUCUGCAUCAGUACACACUUAACGUUGGAGAAUCGUGUGAUAUCACUUACUCAUGCGGUGCACCAAUAUGAUUCUUUCUCAAACUUGCAUUUUCUAGCUAGUCUUAUUAUUAUUUAUUUGUUGCCAUCCUUAGAGGAUGGAUACUAUGGCUGGGUUAAUUGUUAUUAGUAU